CUACGUGUGCCGUGCCGUUGGUCUGGUGUGCCGCAACAUCAUGGCUCCUCCACAUGGUAUUGAGUCCUGGUAGACAGCAGCAGACUUCUCGGCAUUUUUGGAUAUUUAGUCACGUGAUUACGCGAUCAGGAUUUAAUAGGGAGCUAAUAGAUAGCCGAAGUUUCAUUCUAUUACAGGUCAGCUUCAAGUCUUCGGCAAAAUCUGUAUCGGCUCAACUAGAAUUCUGGCUGACCGGCACGGUACAUUCGAAUUAGGCUUACGUUGACACCAUACACCCAUCUACGGAACCUGUCAUUUGAACACAGCGAUUUCCAUCUGCUGGCUGUUAAUUCAAGAUGAAUAUGCCAUCCCUGAUCGGCGACCUUCGGGAAUCGCCUACCUCACCUAAUUAUUCUAUUAUAUUUGACUUUGAGAGAAAUUUCGACAAAAGUCUGAAGCGGCAAUGGAUGAUCCAACAUUGGCAUCAGGCAUUCUACUACAUAGGCCUGUAUAUGCUGAUAGUCUUCGGUGGUCAAGCAUACAUGCAGACCAGAAACCGCUUUGAACUGCGCCGAACCUUAGCUGCAUGGAAUGUCUUCUUAGCUGCUUUCUCUAUCUUUGGACUGUGCCGCACACUACCUGAAUUGGCCCACGUUUUAAAGGAAUUCGGCUUCACGCACUCAGUCUGCAACCCAAGCUUCAUUGAAGAGGUCAAAGUCAGUGGCUUCUGGACCUGGAUGUUCACACUAUCUAAGGUUCCCGAGCUUGGAGACACAAUUUUCAUCGUUCUCAGAAAACAGCAGCUCAUCUUUCUACACUGGUACCACCAUAUAACAGUUUUAUUGUUUACCUGGUACAGCUAUACCGAGCACAUUGCCCCAGCCAGGUGGUUCGUGGUGAUGAACUACUUUGCCCAUUCUUUGAUGUACACUUACUAUGCCAUGAGAGCCAUGCGUAUCAAGGUGCCACGCUUUGUGCCCAUUAUCAUUACUUCCUCGCAAAUUCUCCAGAUGGUCGCUGGUUGCUUCGUGAGCUACUUCGGCUACAUCACGAGGCGGAAAGGCGAAUUUUGUCAACUGCCUGAUAACAUUGCCAACUAUGCUUUGCUAAUGUAUGCUUCAUACUUCGUGCUAUUUGCGCGAUUCUUCUACAAUACUUACCUUUCACCUCCUAGCAAAUCUAAAAAGCUAGAUUAAUGCUACACUAGGUUAAGUUACAAGGUGUAUUGUUUAGGACUAAAGAAAUGAUGAAGCAUUUUUUCUUGCAUAUAAAAACAUGUUUUUAUGACUGCCUGUUGAACAUCGAGUAUGGUUUGAAAGCAUUCUCAACUUCUAUGUGUUGGGUGCAUUUUUUGUUCCAUUCUAUUUUUUUCUUGUUUGUUUGUUUGCAGGAAAUAACAAAGGAAUAUCGCUUAAUCGUGCUUAACAGCACAUUAGUGACUACAUCUCUAGAUCUCUUUGCUCUAUAUGUCUAUGUAUUGUUUAGUUUACUGUGUAUGUCAGACAAGUUUAGUUAAACUACUGUAAAUAUACUCAGGUACGAAAGUAACUUAAUCUAGCAUUUAUACAGAUCUAAAGCAAUAAAAACGAAUAAAAGAAAUUGAAUUAAAAUCGGAAAUACACCAAUUAGCUGCAAGCGGGUUAGCAUUCCAUUUUCUGGAAUAUCAGGUGCAUUAUAGUUCAUGGAAUUUUGGAAGAAUUUCACGUACUUGAAAUAUAGCAGAUCGGGCAUUAUGUUUUGUCAAAAAUCCAUUGCAAAUUUUUUUUAAUUGAUGCUAUCUGAAAAGCUCUGAAAGAGCCGCUCAAAAUUUGUUCCAAAAAUGCAAAAGAAAAAUGAAAUUUUGCUCUUUAUAAAAUGGUAAAUUGUUUUUUCUUUUUAUUUAUUAUCUUAUAAAAAUGUUCAGUUUAGAGUGUUUUGCUUUAGAAGUAGAAUUUCUCUUGCACAUUCCAAACGAAUUCCAUUAAAUGUGGAAGGAAUAGGUCUUAAGUUUGCUUUGUUUGACAAGUGUUUUUCAUGCUAUUUUCCUGUAUUCGUGUUCUGAAACAAUUUUUUGAACUGUUGCUUUUAUUUAUUGGUACAAUUUUUAAAUUACUUGCAGCUAUUCAUAUAUUUUCAGUCGACUUGAAUUCUACUUAUUUUUAUUUAUACUUCAUGUUCUAUCAGUCUUUUUUAUUUAAAAUUAAAUUCCUGAAUGAUGGAAUUCAGAAAUAUGAAAUUUAAUCGAUAUAGCCAGUGUUGCUUUUCAUUAGUAGCAUUUAUCUACCUUUAAAACAUUGCGCACAAUAUUAUGCAAACAAUAUUACAAAUUUAUUUUGUGUUAUUUCUCAUACAAUUUACGAAGCGAAAAUCAUCAGUAGUUAAAACAAAGCUUUUUAAAAUUUACCUCGAAUCGAAUCAACUGUCAGUUCAUUCGAUAUUAAUCUUCCAUGUUGGCAACGACUAUGCUACUUCCUGUCUGUGGAAUCGAGAGGUGUACUCGAUUCAAAACCAUUAAGCUCUGGACAAUUUUAAAUUACUAUUGAUGUUGCAAGGCAAGUUGACUCCUUUUUAUAAAUAAAUCUAGAAGUGUGCUGCUUGUGUUAGCAUUUAUUGAGUCCUGCCGGUGAUUGAAUUCGACUGGUGAGUGUCUUGCAAUACAACUCUUGUCAUUCACAUUGUUACAGAUUGUUGUUUGAUUUUUGUGUAUGUUCACAUUUUGUACUUGCGAUUAAAAAAAAAAAAAGAA